CACUAUCAUUGUGCAACAGGUUAAAACUCAGUUUCGUUGGCAAAUUAAAAUGAAUCUACUUCACGGUUUGUUUUCGGUGCUAUUUAUCGUUGAAUUUUCGGAACUUCAAGGAAAACAUGGCUUUUUCUCGCAAGCUCUUCUUAAGGGCGAAGUGAUUGAAAACAUGUCACAGGCAAAGUUUGUAGCUAGAAUCCAUGCUCCUGCAAACCAUCCAAAUGAUCCCAAUGGAAAAAUGACGAAUAUUUGUACCGCAUUUAUUCUGUCGAAAACGGAAAUUAUUACGAAUGCCCAUUGUGUGUAUGAAGCCCCAUAUGUUUAUGUGGUAGCUGAUACGAAAGUUGUCAAAGUCGAAGAAGAGAACAUUGCAUAUCACCCUUAUUAUAGUCAUUUAAUUUUUGGUGCAUUUGAUAUUGCCAAAAUUACACUGAAAACGCCGUUAGAAUUCAGCGAUACCGUUGGUAGUAUCGAACUCGUGGAUAAGGAUUACAAAUUGAAUAACUCAUCAGAAGUGGUCACUGCCUAUGGAUAUGGCGUGUUGAAAAACACCGGACCAUCGAUAUUAAGGCGUUGCGAUGCAAACUAUAUAUCUGAUGUCGAACGAGUCAACACAUUUAAGCCAAGUCAGACUUUGUACUUUACAACUGGUGAAGCUACGAAUGAUGGCGAAAUUAUUACACCUGGUGAUUCGGGUGGACCAGUCGUUUCAAAAACAAAUGGCAAAAUCGUGGGCAUAAAUGUGGGUACAAACAAAAUAACAGGUGGCCGCGGAAUGUUCCUUCCAAUUACUCUAUUUCUUGAUUUUAUUCGUGACCCAAAGAGCGUGAAACCAAUUCCACCUCAGCUUACACCUAACGAAACUAAAUUUAUAGCCGAUAUAACGGCACCGGGAA